UCGCGACGGCGCGCUCGUUUCAAGCAGACGUUACUCCGUUUUCCCUCUCUCAGCAGCUACAGUUUACCGUUGUGUGCGUUGUGCCGCUGUUGUUACUGUUGUUGGUUAUGUUCUCCACCUUGUUGUUGUUGUUGUUGUUGUUGUGAUACGAAAAACUCUCCUGUCGCUCCCGCAAUUUUUGACGUUUUUUUUCGUGUGUUCCCCAGUGUUGACCCAACGAGAAGAAGAAGAAGCAGGCGCAGGGAAGAAUCGUAGAGCAAGAAGAAGCGACACAAACUGCGAUUGCAGCACAAAAACAACGAAGAGUUUAGACGAAUAUUUCCCAAGGAAGAAAGCAUUUCGUUUCGAUCGAUAAGAAAAGACAGGAAGCUUCAAAAUGUCUCCAAAAGCGCUAAAUGUGCGCGUCACGACAAUGGACGCGGAACUGGAGUUCGCCAUCCAGUCGACGACGACGGGCAAACAAUUGUUUGACCAAGUGGUGAAGACGAUCGGCCUGCGGGAGGUUUGGUUCUUUGGACUCCAGUACACCGACUCAAAGGGCGACUCCACAUGGAUCAAGCUGUACAAAAAGGUGAUGAACCAGGACGUGAAGAAGGAGAACCCCUUGCAGUUCAGAUUCCGUGCCAAAUUCUACCCCGAGGACGUGGCCGAGGAGCUGAUCCAGGACAUUACCCUGCGCCUGUUCUACCUGCAGGUGAAGAAUGCCAUACUGACCGACGAGAUCUACUGUCCGCCGGAGACGUCCGUGCUGCUCGCCUCGUACGCCGUGCAGGCGCGUCACGGGGACCACAACAAGACCACCCACACAGCCGGCUUCCUGGCCAACGAUCGGCUGCUGCCGCAGCGCGUCAUCGACCAGCACAAGAUGUCCAAGGACGAGUGGGAGCAGUCGAUCAUGACCUGGUGGCAGGAGCACCGCAGCAUGCUGCGCGAGGACGCCAUGAUGGAGUAUCUGAAGAUCGCGCAGGACCUGGAGAUGUACGGCGUCAAUUACUUCGAGAUCCGCAAUAAGAAGGGCACGGACCUCUGGCUGGGCGUGGACGCCCUGGGCCUGAACAUUUACGAGCAAGACGACAGGCUGACGCCGAAGAUUGGCUUCCCGUGGUCGGAGAUCCGCAACAUCUCGUUCUCGGAGAAGAAGUUCAUCAUCAAGCCGAUCGACAAGAAGGCGCCGGACUUUAUGUUCUUCGCGCCGCGCGUCCGCAUCAACAAGCGCAUCCUGGCCCUCUGCAUGGGCAACCACGAGCUGUACAUGCGUCGCCGCAAGCCGGACACCAUCGAUGUGCAGCAGAUGAAGGCGCAGGCGCGCGAGGAGAAGAAUGCCAAACAGCAGGAGCGUGAGAAGCUGCAGCUGGCGCUGGCCGCACGCGAACGCGCUGAGAAGAAGCAGCAGGAGUACGAGGAUCGGCUGAAGCAGAUGCAGGAGGACAUGGAACGUUCGCAGCGCGACCUCCUGGAGGCCCAGGACAUGAUCCGCCGCCUGGAGGAGCAGCUCAAGCAGCUGCAGGCCGCCAAGGAUGAGCUGGAGCUGCGCCAGAAGGAGCUGCAGGCGAUGCUGCAGCGCCUCGAGGAGGCCAAGAACAUGGAGGCCGUCGAGAAGCUCAAGCUCGAGGAGGAGAUCAUGGCCAAGCAGAUGGAGGUGCAGCGCAUCCAGGACGAGGUCAACGCCAAGGACGAGGAGACCAAGCGCCUGCAGGACGAGGUGGAGGACGCCCGACGCAAGCAGGCCGAAGCCGCCGCCGCUCUGCUGGCCGCGUCGACAACGCCGCAGCACCACCACGUGGCCGAGGAUGAGAACGAGAACGAGGAGGAGCUGACGAACGGCGACGCCGGUGGCGAUGUGUCGCGCGACCUGGACACCGACGAGCAUAUCAAGGACCCCAUCGAGGACAGACGCACGCUGGCCGAGCGCAACGAGCGCUUGCAUGAUCAGCUCAAGGCUCUGAAACAGGAUCUGGCGCAGUCUCGCGACGAGACGAAAGAGACGGCAAACGACAAGAUCCAUCGCGAGAACGUUCGCCAGGGACGUGACAAGUACAAGACGCUCCGGGAGAUCCGCAAGGGCAACACAAAGCGUCGUGUCGAUCAGUUCGAGAACAUGUAAAGCUAUAGUCGCCGGACUACAGAAAGAUCGAUUUAGCGGGCGAGAGCCACAGCUAGAGCGAGAGGGAGGGAGCCGCGUCUCCAGAAAGAAAAAGAGAAAAAUAUAACUACCAGAAGAGAAGAUAAUGAUGAUAUGAUGAAGAAGCAACAAAUAUAAUUCCGGUCGCUGGCCAAGCCUAUCCCCCAGCGACGUCCCCUUUCCACCCACAAGAACUUCCUGCCUCCUAAGUGAAUUGAAGAGAUCCACAAGUUUAAUAUAUAUAUAAUAUCGUUUGACCGCCGUUUUGUCUCUCAGCCUGUAUAGAGUAAUCAAGAAAACCAAGAAAUCGCAGUAGAAUUCAGCCAGAUACACACUGAAAGCGACAAAUGCGGCCAGGACCAGAUCUAAAAGGACAAUCAGCAAAUGAAAGGAUCAAGCUAUCGGAAAACCUGUCUAGAUCCCAGCAGAAACAAUAGAAAACGUACACUUCUCCUUGGAUUCAUAGAGAAAACGGAACGAAUAGUAAUAGACAUUGAAAAACACCAGCAUCAACAACAAAACAGCUACUACAACAAAACAAACAACUAUUUGCAUUUUCCCCCGUUAUAAUUAUUAUUUUUAUUAUAUAAUUACUAUUUUUUUUUAAAUUUGUAUAAUUAAAUAAGAACUUGAUUAAUUGUUUCUUAAAUUAACUUGAGAGAGAGCAACAAACAAAAAGAGAAAAAAUAUAUUAUAUAAAAUAUUUUUCUUUAAUCUAUUUUUGUUUUGAAAGAAAAAUGAUUCUUAAAAAAUGAGAAAACAAACAACAAAAACUAUUGUGAAAAAACCAAACAAAAAGUUUUUAAAUUAAACAAUAAAAAUGUAAAACACAACAA